AUGUUGAGUCUGCAACGUUUAAGGUUGAAUCUCCCCACUUCAUUGCCUUCGAAUGAAGCUCCAACUGGGGUGGCAUACACAUCUCAAAAUCAAUCAGUGGCAGCAUUUGUGGCUGCAGACAAGGUUGCCUUUUACCAUUGUGCAUUCUACAGUACUCACAACACUCUCUUUGAUUAUAAAGGCAGACAUUACUACGAUAAUUGCUAUAUUCAAGGCUCUGUGGACUUCAUUUUUGGCCGUGCAAGAUCACAAUAUCACAGCUGUGAGAUAUUUGUAAUCUCGGACAAAAGAUUGGCAAUACAUGGAUCAAUCACAGCACAUAACAGGGAGAAUCCAACUGACAAUAGUGGUUUUGUGUUUGUUAAAGGAAAGGUUUAUGGUACAGAUGAUGUUUACUUAGGAAGAGCAAAAGGGCCUUAUUCUAGGACCAUCUUUGCUAAGACAUACCUUUCUAGGACUAUUGUCCCACAAGGUUGGACUAACUGGAGCAGUGGAGCCAACAGUUCAGAGAACUUGUUCCAGGCAGAGUUCAAAACCCAUGGACCAGGAGCAGACACUGAGUAUCGGGCUCCUUGGUCGAAACAGCUGACAGAAGAAGAGGUUGGUCCAUUCAUGUCCAUCGAUUUCAUUGAUGGGACAGAAUGGCUACCAGUUUGGCUAUGA